CACACACCCCGCCCCGUGCUCGCACCGGGCGCUCGGCGGCCUUCAGGCCCCUCCCGGGGGCAGCGCUGAAGCAGCAGCCCGGGGGCACCUGGCCGCCCCGGGGGCUGCGUCCCGGCGCGCCCCCUCGGGCUGCGGCUGCAGGAUCCUGAAGAUAGUGUUUCUGAGCGGAGGGAAUGGAGACCAGUCGUUUAUAGAAAGUGCACAGACCUUCUCUGGUUGUUUCUCUUCUUUAUUUUCUGGGCUGGUUUGGUAAGCAUGCUUUCCCUCGAAAGAGAAAUGAGAUUCAGAGCUAAGAGACUCUGCGCUACACUGUAUGAAAUCUGAGGUGAAAUAAAUAACGGGCGUAGGCAUCAGGGUCCCGGGACUGCACUGGAGCAGAGCUGGCAGCACUUGUGGUGGUGCAGUGCUCUGCCGCAGUGUGCGUUACAUGGACUUCAAAUCCUGCCCAUAUGUUUCGGGUUCCAUGUAUAUACAGGACUGGAGUUUACUUUUGAUGUUUACUUUUCUGCAGAUAAAUUAAUCUGCCAGUGCGUGCUUGCCCUUACUCCACACUACCAGCUUUCUUCUCCUUGUCCCCUCAGGGCUUCUCCCCCUCCCCCCCCCCCCCACUCCAUUUCCCAACAUUAUAUCGUUAGGUUUCACCCUGAUUAAUUUUGCUGCUAGCAGAUGUUCUUUUAGUUUUAAUUCCAUGAUGAGGUACUCCUCUUUCCAUGAGAUGCCUGCCUUAUUUGAUGUUUAUAACUGGCUAUGCUGUGAUGGCUGGUGCUGCAGAAAGACUUGUGCUUGGAUACGACAGCUUCGGGAACAUAUGUGGUAGGAAGAACUCUCCUGUAAAAGGAGCACCCCUUUCUGGACAGGACAUGACUAAUAAAAAGUAUGUGUUCUUUCUUAAUUCAUGCAACCUGGAAAUGCAAAGCCUCAAAAUCAGUUCCAUUUCCUUGUGUGUGUCUAGUUGUCCACAAGAGCAACUCAGCUCUUUGGAAGACCUCCAGAGUUUUGCAAGGAACAAUGGUUCUUAUCUCUGUGUUUACAACUUGAAUGUUUCCAGUUACACAUUAAAUCCAAAGGCACCUGAGCUGUGUCCCACACUGCCAGUUCCACCAAGUAAAUCUUUUCCAUUAUUUAAUCGGUGUGUUCCACAAAAUCCUGAAUGCUAUUCCAACUAUGCGUCUGUCUUAAUAAAUAUGGUUAAUGAAAUGGAUGCUCUUCACCGUAUUCUGGCUGGAAUAUUGGCAGGAAGAGAUACAGUAAUAGGACUGAGUGUCCUUUCCCUGGCCUUCUCUUUUAUACUGGUUUUAACCUUCAGAUUCAUUCGAACACUUCUGGUCCAUACUUUGAUUGCUCUGGUUGUGUUCGGGUUGCUAUUUGUCUCAGGUGUUCUUUGGUGGCUCUAUUACGACUACAGGAAUGGCCCCAGCACUGAAUUGGAAACUGAAAAGGAAAAUAUAAGAUUUCUACUUGGAUAUGCUAUCUUCUCUACAGUAGUUACAGUUGUUCUGCUUUCCCUCAUGCUUGUACUAAGAAAGAGGCUUCAGUUCACAGUACAGCUCUUCCAGAUUGUUAACAAAAUAAUUAGCAGAAUUCCUUUCCUCUUGUUCCAACCACUUUGGAGCUUUCUGAUUCUCGUUGUCUUCUGGGUAUUUUGGAUUGCUGUGCUACUUAGCUUAGGAACUGCAGGCACUGCACAGAUUACUUCAGGAGGACAAGUAGAAUAUAGAGCUCUGUCUGGAAUUCACUACAUGGCAUGGUACCAUUUUGUUGGCCUUAUCUGGACUAGUGAAUUCAUUCUUGCUUGUCAGCAAAUGACGAUUGCUGGAGCACUGGUUACUUGUUACUUCAACAGAAAUAAAAAUAGCCCACCACGUCACCCAGUCCUGUCUUCCAUAUCAGUUCUUUUUUGCUAUCAUCUAGGAACUGUUGUAAAAGGGUCGUUUUUAAUCACAAUACUGAGAAUACCAAGGAUUUUUCUCUUGUACCUUUAUAAUUUCUUAAAACAAAAGGAAAGUGCAUGUGCAAAGUGCCUGUUCAAGUGCUGUUUCUGCUGGUUUUGGUGCCUAGAAAGGUGUUUAAGAUACUUUAACCAGCAUGCAUACACAACUACAGCCAUAAAUGGGACAAAUUUUUGUACGUCAGCUAAGGAUGCUGUCUUUAUUUUGGCAAAGAAUUCUGCUAAACUUGCAUCCAUUACCUGUUUUGGAAGUUUUAUCCUAUUUCUAGGAAAGGUGUUUGUUGUAUGUUUUACUGUUUUUGGAGGACUGAUGGCAUUUAACUACCAUCGUGAGUUGCAAGCUUGGGUAGUUCCUCUGUUGCUGGUUGGAUUUUUUGCCUACGUGGUAUCCCACAGCUUUCUGUCUGUGUUUGAAGUGACAGUGGAUGUCCUGUUCCUUUGCUUUGCUAUUGAUAUAGAAACAAAUGAUGGAUCCGCAGAGAAGCCAUACUUCAUGGAUCAGGAAUUGCUGACCUUUGUGAAUCAGAGUAACAAGUUAACAGAGGGGCAAAAACACAGAAGCAUGAAACCCUUCCAGGACAAUGAAGAUGGGACAGAGCUCCAACCUAUGACUUGAAUCGGAAGUGCACCAGGAAGUGUGAGGGCAAAAGGCAACAGCAAAAGCAGUUGCAGGAAAGAAAGUAACAAUUACCAAUACCCUGGGACAAAAUAACUAUUAAUUCUGUAAAAUCCUGUUGUACCUUCUGCACUGGUAAAAUGACACACAAUCUGUUUUUACAAAUAAUGUAUUUUGUGUAUCAGCAUAUCUGAUUUUUGUUAAUAUUCCUAUUAUGAUGGUCUACAAAAGCUGUUAAUAAACAAAUACCCUGUAAGUUUC